UAAACAAAAGAUUGAAGGUGAGCCCCCCUAAAACCCAAAACUGUGUGUCUUUCUCUCUCUUACCCAUCAGUUCAUCACCACCAUGCUCAGCCAUGAAUGAACCCAUACUACUUUGAGAGCAUCUUCACACUACAACACUCCAACUCUCAUCAUCUUCUUCUUCCCCCUCAAAAUCAUCACAAAUAAUGAAAAUGGCUUUACUCUCUUUAUCCUCAUCUUCAACCCCUACUCUCUCUCCUCUUCCUUCUUCCAAACCCCACCACAACCUUACCCACAAGCCUUAUCUUCUCCCUCUUCCCAGAAAUACCCACCUCUCAAUUUCCCCACUUAGAGUUUCAGCUUCUGACAAUGGAGCUGGGGUUACUGCUGUUGUUACUGAGGAGAAGGUUCUAGAAACCCCAUCUCAGGAAAAAGGAACUGGGUCUGAUUCUGCAGAUUCAGCUUCAACCCCUAAAUCGGUGAAAAAUGAGGAGGAUGUUACACCCGUUAAAGCUGCUAAUGAAGAGGUUGUGAAGAAAUUUUCGGACCCCAGAUGGGUUAAAGGGACUUGGGAUUUGAAGCAGUUUCUGGGUAAAGAUGGAAUUACUACUGAUUGGGAUGCUGUUAUUGAUGCUGAGGCGAGGAGGAGGAAGCGGCUCCAAACCACCCCGGAAUCAUCAACUAAUGAUGAACUUGUUGUUUUUGAUACCUCGAUAAUUCCAUGGUGGGCAUGGGUUAAAAGAUUCCACCUUCCUGAAGCUGAGCUUCUUAAUGGGCGUGCUGCUAUGAUCGGUUUCUUCAUGGCUUAUUUCGUCGAUAGCUUGACCGGUGUAGGACUUGUGGAUCAAAUGGGUAACUUCUUCUGUAAAACAUUGUUAUUUGUUGCUGUUGUUGGUGUGUUGUUCAUUCGUAAGAACGAAGAUCUAGAUAACUUAAAGAAGCUUCUAGAAGAGACGACCUUGUAUGACAAGCAAUGGCAAGCAACAUGGCAAGAUGAGAGCACCAAGAAAGAUUAGUUUAUCAGGAUUUUGAAUCUGAAUAUGGUUUUGUUUGUAUGUUAAGGGUAGGCUUCAUCAAAUAUUGUAGCCACAAAAGACUUGGCACUUUAUUACUGAGUAAUAUCGUUUCGUGCUAUCGUUUCGUGUUGUAUUUAGGAGCAUUCACUUAAUUGUAAGUUUGUAACUGCAAGAGGAAAUGACAGUAUGGUUUACCAA